AUGGUCAUACAAGUUGUUUUAUAUUUACUCUACACUUUUGUAUCUUCUCGAGAAGUUAAGUUUAAGAUACAUGAUGAUAUUAAAUCAUUUGCUGUAGCUGAAUGUAGCGAAAAUGGCAGAAUGAUUAGAAAUGUGCCAUUUGAACACAUAAAAUUAGCUAAACGUGAUUUUAAACUAAGAAUAGGUUAUGAAUUUAUUAAGAAAGUUGAAACUGUUAUUUAUGCAGAUAUAAAUGAUAAAAAUAUAAAUGAAGAUAAAUUAUAUCGUUUAUUAAUUUACAAAGGGAACAAAAAUAUUGAAGCCUCUGCACCUCUUCCACUUACAGAAAUAUUUUCUGAAAAUAGUGAUAUUGGUAUGUUUGAGCCAGUUGAUAUAAAUGAGAUCCCCAGUGAGUCAGCAGAUACAUUAAUAAUUGGUAAUGUAAUGAAUAAUGAUAAAAUAUUUGCAUUAGAUUAA